AUGGGUCAAGAACUACGGAACCAACUUCUGAUAACACCAGUUGCAUGCACUACAAAGUUGCUUGGGCUUCCAGUAGAUGAUCCAUACCAGUUUUUAGAAAUGACUGUGGCAAAGUACACUUCUGAGAUCAGUCAAGCUGCCAGUGAUGACACGAUCAAGUUUGCUAGGGGCCUCGUGGAGCAAGCCUCGAAUAAUCCACUGAUGGUUGCCAGUGGAGAAGAGUCAGUUACUAGUCAGUCGUCGAGCUAUGUUUUGUUGCAGUGCACAAGAGAUCUUAAUAGUGAAGGCUGCAAGAACUGCUUAGAAACCGGGUUGAGCCAAGUUGGUGCUCAGUGCAACCAAACUAACGGGUGGCGAUAUCUAUCAGGAAGUUGCAUGCUGAGGUACGAGGUGUUUCCCUUCUUCAACACUUCGGCAAUAUCAACUCCUGGAUCUCCACUGAUAGCUUCUCCAUAG